AUGACCACCGCCGCCGCCGUCCAAGACAGCGACCAGCACCCCCUCGACAAGGGCAAGGCCCGCGCCCGCCCCACGGAACGCACACCGCUGCUCACCUCCCCCCUCUCCCCCGCCCCCUCCUCAUCGAACCCCCUCUCUCCCGCCCUCUCCCCCUACCCCACCGACCCCGAGUCCCCCACCACCCACCGCCGCCGCGUCCGCACCAAGCUCCUCACCGUCUUCCUCCUCACCCUCGCCACCACCUCCGCCAUAGCCCUCCUCCUCACCACCCUCGCCUGGUCCUACGCCGCCGAGCCCGCCCGCGCAGCCCCAGAUAUACUGCUCUCCCGCGCCCUCGUUACACGCGGCCCCGAUUCGAUCGAUGUCCUCAACGUUACCUCCGACGGUGACAUCUGGGUGCUUGUCUCCGCCCGUGUGGGGCUCGACGCAGGUGCCGCCAUCGGCGUCGCCCCAGACGAGGCGGACGGGCUCGCCCGCGCAGCAUGGAAGACCAUCGGGCGGUGGGGCAUAAAGCGGCUCGACCACGUCUCCGUCCGCCUCUCGCCCAUCGACAUCGUCCCUCCCUCGUCCCCCGAGACCCCGCUCGCGUCUGUCCACCUCCCGCCCUUCCACCUCCCGCUCACCCCAGACCCGCCCCGCGGCUCCCAUUCCGCCCUGUCCUGGCUCACCCCGCUCGCCCUCCCUGUGCGCAUCCGCCCAUCCCAGAACACCACCGCCUGGCUCGCCUUUGCCCGCGCCGCGUGGGCAGACGGCCACCUCGCCGCGACCGCCCGCGUCCCUGCCCUCCACCUCCGCGGUGGCACCCUCGGCGACGCCACCUGGCGCAGCGCCCUCCUCCGCCUCGACCGCGCCUCCCUCGCCCUCGCGCUCCGCCACAAGAGUGCUGCUGACCCCCCGCGCCGCGCCGCGUUCCUUCUAGUCCCCCCGCUCCCGGGCCUCCCGCCCGCAGGCAGCGGCGCGCCGCUCCCCGCGCUCACAGACCUCGUCGAGCUGCAGUCCUUCACGGUGACCUCGUCCCCCGCCACGCUCGCCCUCUCCGCCUCCGCACGCGUGCUCACCCCGCUCCCGCCCGAAAUCGCGCUCACCAUCCCCGCUUUGCCAUUCACCGUCCACCUCCCGCUCCCUCUCCCGAACGGCACCAACGGCACCACCCACACCGCCCUCGUCCCGCUUGCCGCGCUCACGACCCCCCCGACGACCCUCAUAUCCCCCCACACACCCCUUCCCGCCACCGGCCACCUCCUCCCGCCUACCCCGCACUCCACCCGCGCCCUCUCCGCCCUCCUCUCGCGCUUCCUCGCCGGCCGCCCCGCUCCGCUCGCCCUCCGUACCUCGCUCCUCCCCGCCCUCGCGCCCGUCCCCUUCGCGCUCCCCGCGCCCGUCCCGCGCCCGCGCGUCCUCCGCGACGUCGCGCUCCGCGGGAUGCGCCUCCGCGCAGCGGGGACGGACGUGCUCGCCAGCGGCCGCGUCUGCGCGCGCGUCGUGCUCCCGCGCGGCGUGCACGUGCGCAUCGCCGUGCACGGUGUCCUGCCCGACGUGCUCGUCUUCGACGGCGCGGUCCCACAGCCGGACGCGCCGCCCGAUGCACGUUCCUCGAAUUCGGAUUCGGAUUCGGAGUCGGAUCUGGAGUCGCGCGCGGGCACACCGCUCCCGCCGCCGCACCCGCUGCCCGAUCCGCUCCCGCCGCGCGCGUUCGCGCACAUUCGGCCCGACGCGUGGCUCAACGCGACGAGCGUGAGCGCACCUCCGCGCUCCCGCUCCAGCCGUGGCCCCCGCUCGGGUCGCCGCUACUCCGCUGCGCUCGCGGCGGUGGGGUGUGAGGGCGACGAGGAGGACGGAGCUGGCGAUAGGGACCAGGAUGGUGAGGAUGAUGGUGAGGAUGGGGAUGGGGAGGAGGAGGGCGAAGCGACGCUCGUGGGUGCGCGGUUUGUGGACGUGCCGCUCGUGGUGCUUCCCGGGCGGGAGCGCGAGUUCAGCAGCUUCGUGGGCAAGGUCAUAUUCGGCUCGCAAGGCGCGCUCGCGGGCGUGCGGGGCGUCGCGGGAGUGCUCGUGCGCAUCGAGGGGAUGCCGCUGCGCGGCGGCACCCACCCUGGCGCUGGAGAUGAAGGCGGAGACGGGGAUGGGGACGGGGAGGAUGGGGACGCGGGGAUGCGACUCGAGGGCCUGCCGUUCGAGGGCGAGGACGAUGUGGCUGCUUGUGCGGUGUACGUGCCGCGCACCGUGCGCGCCGUAAAAGCUGCAGACUGCCCUGCCCUGCCCUCCUCGAUUGAUAUUAUCGAGGGCACACCAGACGCUCGAUCGAUCCACCGACCGAGUGACCCGGUAGAACGCGAACCACCGGCCUUAGCCAUCCACGCGCAGACCCCGCGCCAGCGGCUCGUUCUGGCGGCGCGAGGCCCCGAGCCACACUCAUGCAGGCGCACAGACGUAGGUCCGUUCGUCGAGCGCGUGCUGUCUUUUUUUCUUUCUAAGCACGGGGCGUCGGCGCGCGGGGGCUCGCGGGGGAGGCGCUGGGGAACACUGGAAGAGAAAGAAGCCAAAGAGGCAGCGCGACACGGAAUAGAAGAAGGGAUAGCGGUGCGCGGCGCGGACGCGCACGCAUUAUUGGCAUUAUGA